AUGGUAAAUCCUUAUUAUGUGGAUUGGGGUGUUGACAGAUUUGCUGAGAUGACCAAAGUGUCUACACCUAAAUCUGAUGGUCCCCUCACUAAUACCGAUCAGUUACCAAAGUACUUUUCUGCAGCUAUAAUCAGUAAAAUUUCAGUACCAGCUACUAUUGUGGACCGGCAAGGUUCCACUAAGGGUUUAUGGACUUUACUUCUUGAGACAAUUAUGUCCUCUACCCAACAGUCUUGGCAAUCUCAAGGCUUUGUUGUCCCAGAGGGGGGUGGGGAAUUUGGAGCAGGCAGAGUCACAGUAUCACCAGCAUAUUUUAUGCAAAGACAUGAGAGACUGGAAGACCCAAUGGUUACCUCGGCUUCAUAUAAGCCUGUGGAAGUCCAAGAGUGGCUAGCUACUUUAUCAGCUACUGAAUAUUUCUGGAAUGCCAUUACUGCUGUAUUGGCUCCAGAUCUAUUCAAAGUAGGCACCUUGGCCAUCAGUCGCAUUAUUCAGGAACUUCAAGGUUCUGAUAGAACAUCACCACCCAUCUGUGAUUGGCCCUCAAUCUUCUCAGGAUUGGAAAUAAUUGCAAAUUGUACAACUUUAUUACACAGAGAUUUUGGUGGUGCCCCUUCUCUUUUUGAUCUUCUGAUUAGUUUAUGCAGUGGCCAUGAGGCUAAGUUGACAUUAGCAGAUGUUGGAGCCGAACUGAAUUAUUACCCUGGGACAAUGGUCUUCAUUUACAGGAAGGUUUUACAACAUUCUAUCGGUCCAUGGGGUCCAGGAGAGAGGCUCGUUAAUGCCCAUUUUAUGCGGGAUAAAAUACACUCUAGAGUCGGGGUAUCCAGACCCCCCUUUCCAACACAGGCCUAUUUUUUGAAGAUGGUAGGGCAGCAGGAUAGUUCUUGGUUGUGA